AUUUGAGCGUAGAAAACAAGGCGUUGCAGCAAGUUAAAGUUGUGUUCUGUGACCUUCAUCCCCGUCUCUCUCUUCCUCGUACACUUGGAAAUCUAAAAGGCAAAGGGACUUUCGCCAGCACUGUAUGCAAGUAGUUGAACUAUGAUUUGCUAUUGUAUACAUUAUAUACAUUGUAUACCUUGUAUACAUUGUAUACAUUGAACACAUUGUAUACAUUGUAUACGUGAAUAUCGAAACGUAUAUAUUCACCAUUGUAUACGCGUAUACAAUAUUAUUAUACAUGAUGUAUACAAUGCGCCCAUCACUGGUAAGGAGUGGGGAGUAAUAAUCUGGUCAAGUUAGCCCAAAAAGCUUUAUGAAUGUUGGAAACACCAUCAUAAAUGAAACGUAAAAGGUACUUAUCGGUCCCAUAUGUGCAAAAAAAUAUUCAAGAUCAAAGUAAGGGUAGUAGUAAAUAAGUAAACAGCUAUACGAUGCGGUUGCUUCAAAAAAUAGCAAUUUUCGCUAUACAGGGUGUUCGAAAAAUAGACGGAGAUAUUUCAGAGAGUAAUUACUUGUUAAAAAAUAUAGAAAAAGUUUCUAUAAACGUGGAUCCGGAAAUGAUGAGUUUUGAAGAUACAGGGUGAUAAAAAACUUUUUUCAUUAAUAUCUUGAGAAAUCUUUACUAGAUUCUGUUGAAAUUUGGCAAUAUUAUUUGUUGUAUUAAGAGACUAAUUUAUCCCUAAAUAGAUUUAAAUUAUUAGGCGUCUCAAGGGACACCUUAGCGAAUAUUACUGGCAAAAAAUGUACGACGAUAGAAACCAUUACAAACUUGUAAUUUGUUUACAGAUUUUCAAAGCUUAAAUGGAAGUCAGCCGGAAGUUGGACUUCAACUACACAGCGCAAGAUGUUAUAGACCAAAAUCGUACUAAGCAGGAGUUUAUAGGGUCAAUUAAAAAUUGGCUACUUAUGUCAAACGACAAGCUCGUUCCUCCACAUCUUGAGGAGCAGAUGAUCGUACAGUUUUUGUUGUCAUGUGAUAAUGAUGUGGAGCUUACCAAAACAACAAUUUCAGCGUUUUAUAGGUUAAAAAAGGCAACUCCUGAGCUUUACGAUGAUAGAGGCAUGAGAAGGGCAGAUAUAAUAAAAGCACUGAAUACAAUGCACAUGGCAACGUUACCAGUAAGAACAGAUGACAAUUGUGCCAUUCACUAUUUUAAACUUAACGACACGGAUUAUCAUAAUUACGAUGUCUAUCCGAUAAUGAAGCUUAGUUUUAUGCUGGUAGACAUCACCUUGAAUACCAAUCCUCCUGAUGGUCUGGUGGUGCUUCUUGAUAUGAAAGGAAUAGGACUAAUGCACCUUACAAAGAUGAAGAUAAGCGCUAUUAAGAAGUACUUCCAAUUUCUACAAGAAGGGUUUCCAAUGAAGCUAAAAAUGAUACACAUCAUACAUGCAGCUUAUGUUAUGGAAAAGCUUAUGUCAGUGAUCAAAGUAUUUAUAAAAAACGAAGUUUUAGAUAUGAUCAAAAUUCAUCCAUCUGAUAUGCCCAUAGAGAAACUGCAUGCAUUGCUCCCACAAAAGUGUUUACCAGAAGAGUAUGGUGGAGAUUUGCCUUCAGAGAUGGAGCUACACAAAAUGACGAUAGAACAGAUGAACAACAUGCAAAAGUUUUGGGAAGUCGAAGAAAUGAUGCGAAAAGAGAUGAACAAAUAAAAAUGGAAAACAAAAGUAUACUAUUCUUUUUAGAUGGUGUAGUGCUUGAUUGGUUAGCUCCAACAAGCAGUGUCUGAUUAUUCAGGCAUUGUCAAAUACAACCAUCUAAAUAAAUUAACGAUCUGAUAUUGGUAAACUAGGUAUCGAGCAACUAAAUCAGCCAUUCUGGACUGUCAGGCACUGUUAUUUGGGAGCACCUAAUAUAUAUCCUCUUAUGUUAAGAAUUCUUUUGCAAAUAAAAGUGUUAAGUUUUUAAGUAACUGUAGUAUUCCAGAAAGCGAGAUUUGGGCCUGGCAUGCUCCCAAAGUUGAGUGACAAUCGAGAAAGUAAUUGUAGUUAUAACGUCAAGAUUCAUUUUGGGGCUUGGGAAAACUCUUGAUAUUCUUGCAACGGGGUACUCGUAACAGAUCAGGUUAUUGCAGGAGCCUGUUAUGCUCAGAUAGUUUUGUAAGGGGAGAUGGUUUGAUCGAAUCUUUUAGGCUCUCUACCGAGUCUUGAACUAGCUGCAAAUGGGUAAUCGAACAUCCCAACAAACUUCAAUCUUAUCUAUCAGAUUCAAAUGGUCUUCAACUGCUGCUCAUUCUACUGUCCGGAAAUAAUAAUUUCAUGAAUUGAGGUGGUGAGUGAUACUAUUCUGUUCUAGCUUUGAGAAAGAUGAAUAAUUUUCUGCAUACAUUUUAGCUUCUUCUGAGAGGGGUCUAUUAUUUUACAAUCAGAGUGUACGGAAUAAAUAAGAGCCAGACCCAUCUUGGCAUUUGCCAAAAAUACUGGUAUGGAAAACCAACCCAUAGGUAGUGGUGUAUGUUUACCAGCAACUAGCGUUUUCGGAACGCCUCUUCCCUUCUUGCAUUCAUUGAACUUGACAACCUUCAUCAUAUAAGGAAAUCUACUAGAUACUGAAACCUUCAAGCCUUGCAAAUUGACAUUAUAGUUCAUUCUAUGUAGAUUAGUAAGGAAUAUUCUUAAUUAAUUCAAAUCAAUUCGUUUACGUCUGUCAGUAUUAGUGAUCAGCGAUAAAAAAUAACUACGGCAAAUAUUGUGGAAGUGUAUAGUUGCAAUUUUCUAGUAAGUAUGAUUUACUAUAUAUAAUACUUAAGUCAACUUGUUUUAUUAAGUUCAAUAUGUUAUACAGCAUCUAUGAGUACGUAAUAAUUAUGAGUUGUGGCCAUGUUUCUAAACAAAUGCAUAUUACACAUAUGCAGGGUGUAAAGUUAGUAGUAGAUCAACGGAAAUCAGGUGAUAAAGGGUUUCAAAACAUAAUGAAUGAACCCCUUAUGUGUGGUCCGAA